AUGCCACUAAAGAGAACGCCACCUAAAUCGCCACAUGUUGCCACACUAGAUGUGCACCCGUUGCAGACACAUAGUCAGUCCGACCCGUCUAUAAGUGUAACGCAUAAUCCUGAAACUAUAACUACUAAAACCAUGCAGAGAGUUAAACGAAAAAGAGACCGAUCGGCAGAACAAUCAGAACUUGAUGAUUUUAGAACCACUAUCAUGGAUAUACUCAAGGAGUUACAGUCUACUGUGAGCGAAAUAAAAGAACAAAAUGUCAAAUUGCAGGAAUCAGUUGACUUUACAGCUCAUAAAUACGAUGAAAUAUUAACAAAAAUGAAGCAAAUGGAGGAAGCAAGAAGAGAAGAUAAAAAAUAUAUACUUUCAUUAGAAUACAAAAUUGACAAAUUAGAACAGCAAAGCCGCGCUACGAGCGUGGAAAUCAGAAAUUUACCUAAAAGGAACGGUGAGACCAAACAAAAUUUAUUAGAUACCUUGAACGACAUCUAUAAAGCUAUCAAACUACCGCCACAAGUGUCUGACGUGAAAGAUAUAUUUAGAAACAAUAACAAAACUUCUACCCCGACAGUGAUUGUUGAGUUUGGUACAGUUAAAAAUAAAGAGUCCCUAUUACAACACAUAAAAAAGUUCAACAAAGAAAAUAGCAACAACAAACUGAACACCGAACAUUUAAGGAUACAAGGGCCUAAGAUUCCUAUAUACUGCUCAGAAAACCUAUCUUCUAAAAGUAAGCGCUUAUUCUUCUUAGCACGAGAAUUGGCUGGUCACGAAAAAUACAAGUUUUGCUGGACAACACACGGAAAGGUCUACUUAAGAAAGGAAGAAGGGGCCCCGCUCUGCCGUAUUGAUUCAGAAGGUGAUAUCUCCAAACUUAGGCAGCAGAAGUGA